AUUAAUUUUAUAACACUUAUCAGCACACGAGGCUCUACCAGAAAAUAGAAUUGCAAACCCAAAGACACAAGGCUAAAUUGCAAUCCGAAAGAGAUCUUGAACACCCAACCGACCGAAUGAUCUAUUAAGUUUUUUUUGCUGCGCUAGCUAAUGGAGUGGAGCUUUUGGAUACAAAAAGUAUAAUCAAAGGGUGAAGAUAUUGAGAAAAAGAUUUUUGCAAAGAAAGAUUAGAUUUUUCAGCAGCAUAACAACGUUCGUCGCAGAUUCGAAGCUACUCUGCUUCUCUGCCAUCAACUACAACAGUGUUGGUUCUUUUUUUGGGUCUGUGAAUCACACAAUACUCAAUGCUAGCAAUGAAUCCGAUUCAUUUUCAAUCUGCACCACCACAACCACCUCCUCUUGGACCUCCACGGUUUCCAAUAUUACCACCUGAACCACCAAAUUCAAGUUCCUUUUGGGAGAACAUAAAUGUGUGUGAUCAACUCAGAGAAUUGCAAGUUACCCUCAAUCUUGCAAAGGCAAUGCAGAAGGAGCUAGAGAUGUUGGUGAUGAUUAAAGAUGGUAAAGGGUCUUUAGAAGACUUAAAACAUGGCUCAAACCAACCUUAUCUUUCUGAUUUUCUAAAAUGUCUGGAAGACAGAAGGGUUAGUAUAGAAACCCAAGAAUCAUUGGCUGUGGAAGCAGCUAAUUCUUUGAUGUCAAAGCUAAGAGCUCAGCUGGAGCCAUUUAGAUAUGUUACCGAUGAAGUAAGUCCAUGGGAGGAGAAAUCUGCAGUGGCUAGGUUUGCAAAUAAAGUGCAUAAGUCUAAAAGGAAUAAACUCUGGAGGAAGAAAAAAAGGAAGCGUAUUGCGGAAAUGCUGGCAAAGGAGCGUGAGCAAUUUGACCAAAUUGAUCAAGAAGCUGAUGAAUGGAGGGCUAGGGAGAUUGCCAAGGACAUUGCAAACAGCAAGGUAGCAAAGAUGAAAGAAAUUGCCAAGCUUAAAGCCAAAGAAGAGAAGAAGAAACUAGAGCAUGAGCUAGAGCUUGUCUUGAUAGUGGAGAAGCUUCAAGAAUUACGCUCAAUAAGGAUACAAAAGUUGAAAAAACAAGGCCAUUUUCUCCCAGAGGAGGAUGACAAGUUUCUUGAGAGAGUUCAGGCUGCAGUGGAAGAAGAGGAGCGCGAAGCUUUGGUUGCAGCUGAAACAGAUGCUGCUAAAGAUGCAAUUGCAACUGCUGAGGAAUCCAGGAAAGCUAUUCAGAAUCAAGGGAAACUUUCAAAGGGAAGCAAUGAUGAUACUGAAGUUAAGGAGAGCAAAGAGAAAAUAGUUGAUAGUGUAACUGAAGAGGGCUCUGGUGCAGCUGAUGAGAAGAAAUCUAGUAAAAUAUCAUCUGAAGGACAGAGCUGUGGAGCAGCAUAUGAUCCUUUGGCAAAUUUACCUAUUGAGUUCUAUCAUUAUUAUCAUGGAAGCAACAAUGACAUGGGCACACUAAUCGAGGUUAGAAGAGGAUGGGAUGCCUAUAUCAGACCUGGAGGAAGCCGCAUACCAGGGCACUGGGUUCAACCUCCUCCUCCAGCCAAUGAGAUAUGGGCAUCUUACUUGGUGAGGCCUAAAUGAUUAGUCAACAUUCAACAAACUUGCAAAUUCAUCACCAAUUUUGCACAUAGAUGUAAUAUAAAGUUUUGAAGGUUUGAACUGUGCUCCUGGCCAGCCCCAGGUAAUAAGCUUUGUGGUGGCAUGUUUAUAUUACUAAUGUAGGAUUUUCAUCCUGUGUAAUGGCACUAACUUCAAUUCAUAUGCUGAUAAUCAUUAUUGUUGAAUGUACAGUAAAAUAAAGGAAAA